AUGGCUGCCUGGCCGUCGACGCAAAACACUCUUCAUGCGGGCACGACGUCUGGAUGGAACGAUCCGCCGACGAUGGACAACAAUAAAGCCCCCAUCAACUCCGGCCUCAAUCGCCGACAGCGGCUCGUCGAUCCCUCCAUCACGGGAGUCGGCUCUCAAGGCGGCUACACGUCGGCGCCAGCGUCUCAUUUCCCGGCAAGUGUUCCGCAGUACGGUCAGCAACCGCAGCAGUACGUUGAUCAUCAUCAGCCUCAGCCCCAGGGUGGCGUCGGACAGAUGUCGGCCGGCACUGGAACACAACAUCAACCGCAGCCACACCAGCAAUCCUAUCAAAUG